AUAAUAGCUAUACUUAGCACACGCUCUGAUGCUAAAUCUGAGGACCAGUUAGCACAUUACCGACACUUAAUGGCGAUGAUGUAUAUGUGGACGUCACCUUUAAUUGGAAAAUGUCGGUGAGGACGGAGUGCGGUCCUUUUGUACAAUUGACAAAACACUGAUGAUUAGUUUUGAACGCAGACUCCCGAUCAGAGUGUUGGUCUUUCGUUAUCUCCGCGAGCUAGGCGCCGAACGUGCAGAGAAGGAUUUACGGAACCGAGAUCGGCAAAAUUUGAUAUUUGCCGCUUAUGACUUUAUAAACACUUUAACCAGGUUUCGAUGUAAAAAUAGAACAACAUCUGACGUGAAGAUGCAUGUAUCUUUGUGCAUGAAAAACGUAUUGUAACCUGUGUUAAAGAUGCAAGUGAUUUUAUUUCAUUAGCAUCAUUGUCAGAUGUCACGCACGAUUUCAUUGGAAUCACAGAGACGAUAGCAACUUUAACUGAAACAGGGAUUCAAAUACGAGAAGUUUUAAACUGUCCGAAACACGAUACCAUAUGGAGACACCCUCGAGGAUAACUUACUACAGUUAAAAAGCACUUGUCUGCGAUUGAUAUUGUGUUUGUGGCUCAGGUUGAUCGGAGUGGAGCUUUUUUAGUUUUGCGAUGAUGAACCUAGCCUACCCCCUCGGCCACAGCCGCGCGGCUGCAGGACUCAUGGAUUCUCUGGCAAGUUCUUUCGCGUCAUCGCAUCCCAGGUCAUCAUCCUUCGCUAUCCAAGAACUUCUAGGCUUUGGACGUUCAGAACGAUCACUGGCCUCAAAGCACCCAGCCCACGACGCCCUUCUUGGGUCCCCUUUAUAUUCACGCGGGGGCGAAGGGACUAUUACAAGUGCGCCCAGUGCAGCUUCUAUGGUAUCAUGGCCCCUGAUGGCAUUUUCUGCAGGCCCACCAGGACCUGGGCAAACUAUGUUAGGACUUGGACCAACACCCGAGUUUUACAGACCGUCACCAAGUUCCCCAAAAGAGGUCUUAGACGACAGACACACCGACUUCGAAGGUUACACGACUCAGGGUAUAGGAGGGAAGAAGAAAAAGAAGAAGAGACGACAUAGGACAAUAUUCACAAGUUACCAGCUAGAAGAGCUCGACAAAGCAUUCAAGGAUGCUCACUAUCCGGAUGUGUACGCCCGGGAAGUUCUAUCACUCAAGACAGAUCUUCCUGAAGACAGAAUACAGGUCUGGUUUCAAAACCGCCGUGCCAAGUGGAGGAAGACAGAGAAGAAAUGGGGCAAGAGCAGCAUCAUGGCUGAAUACGGUCUGUACGGUGCCAUGGUCAGGCAUUCCCUGCCUUUACCCGAGACCAUACUCAAGGCUGAAAAUGAGGAAGAGGACGAGGAGAAGGAACCCACAGCGCCUUGGUUACUCAGUAUGCACAAGAAAUCCAUGGAGGCCGCGGAGAAAAUGAAAUCGCCGGACUUCGACGACCAAGAGAGUUUAAAAGGAGCUGACGAGUGUAAAGACACCAAAGACAAUACGAAAGCUAAGGAGGAUUUUAAAUCGGAGAGCAUUGCAGUGCUCAGAGCUAAGGCACAGGAACACAAUGCCAAAGUAUUGGAGGCAAUGAAGACUGUCACGGGUGAUAACAUUGAUUCACAGACAAAGGGAGAAAAACAUGAUAAGAGUGACAAAGACCCGACGAUUAGUACGAGAAAUAGUUAGUGAGACGACUGCGAAGGUAUAAAUUCGUGGGCGAUAAAAAUGGAAAAGUCGCCCAAGGCGUUCACCGGACGAUAAUCGCUUCAAUAUCUACUGAUACUCGAACAGUCGGAAGGUGCCUUUUUGUCAAUUUCUAAAAUUUAGUGGCGUCGAUUAAAAAAGACACUUCAGAGCGCCAACGAAAGCUAAAGUAAUCUUUGAGUUACUGUUCCCUGAGGUUUUAGUGAUGCACGUACUGGUAUAAACUGGGGGUUAUUUCUGAAGUUAGGAGACCAAACUUGUUCGAGAGUCAUUCUCUGAUAGAAUUGGUCCGAUCUAAACAAGAAAAAAACGGCGAUUAUGAUGAUUUGUUUGAUGGAUUUUUUUUUAUCCUUUGCAGUCAGAUAAAAAAAUGUUAUAAGCUCUUUGGAUUUUUUUCAUUAACUUUCGCAUUUUCCAAUUCUUGUAAUAUAUAGAAGUAAUUGCAAUAUUCAUGUCGUAAAUUGGAUGUGGUGGAUGCUUCAAAGUUUCAAUAGUUUUAUGAAGUAUUUUCGUUCUCGAUUAACAGACUAUUUCGGGCACUACAUAGCAACAUGGUCAAUGGAAAAGCAAAACCCCAAGAUAGGCACGUUGGUCGCAAGUCUAUAGAAUGACGAAGUAUGUAUUAAGGACGCUUUAUCGACGCUCUGUUUUGGGAAAUCUUUACCGGUUUCUCCUACAACUGCAAAAACGAGGAUUUACGAGUAAAGCGUAGAUAAUUUAGUACAGGAGUUGAUGACAACGUUGGGAAAACUAGUCAACAAAUACGUUUAGAACCGGUGGAAGAAUAAUUGAAUCUGCACACAAUCGAUAAUAAUGUAGAAGUGACUUCUUAUUUAUUUCAAUUACUAUCAUUUUGAUAUUUAUCAUAAGUUGUAUAUAUUGUGUUUCGUGUACAGUAAUAAAGG